AGGAAGGGAAGGUGGCCAUUCACGCAGCACACCUGGGAUAAAGGAGCGCGGAGCUCAGUCAGGGGGAGGGGCUACAGCUCUCUCACACACACCCUUAUUACUUUUCAACCUUGUUCUCUCCCAGUCACUCUCACUUCUAGGCACUGUCGCGCCUGAGUGUGCACUCGCACGCGCGCACACACACACACACACACGCACGCACUCACAUUCUGAAGCACGCCGUCCGUCUCUGAGGUUCAGGGCAUAAAAGUCCAGCACUGGGGUUCUGUCCAAAGCCAGGAAGAGAAGCAGUAAAAUUCUCCGAAGCUGGAACUAACUGCAGAAAGGUGUCUGUGGAAAACAAAAGUGGAUAUUAGAUAACUCAGCGCCAGAAGAGGAGAUAAGGAAUUUACUUUUUUGUUGUUUAAACUUUGGGACCUAGACCGGGAAACUGAGCCGCAUGAGGAGGGAAAUGAGCGGCUGGAUCGUAUGGCUCUCGCUGGGGGCAGUCCUUCUAACGCUGUGCCAAGCCCAAAGAGUCAAUCACUGCAUCGCGGCCCAAACCUCCCGCUGCUCUGAAUGCAUCCAGGCUGGAAAAGGCUGCACGUACUGCAGUGAUGAGUCGUUUGAUUUUCCACGCUGUGACCUUCCUGAAACCCUGAAGUCAAAUGGUUGCACCAUGAUGACAGGGGUCGAGAGCAUGAUGCAGACAGACAAGAACACCGAGAUCAACACCAGGCUGAAUGUUUCACAAGUCGCCCCGCAGCUGAUGACCAUGCGCCUGGUCCCAGGAGAGGAGAGGGAGCUGUUGGUGAACAUCUUCGAGGCUGAGAAGGGUCCUCUGGACCUGUAUAUUCUCAUGGACUUCUCCAACUCCAUGAAGGACGAUUUGCUGAAUCUGAAGAAGAUGGGGAAUUCCCUGGCGAACCUGGUUGGUCAGCUGUCAGACGACUACACUAUUGGCUUUGGGAAGUUUGUCGAUAAAGUGACUGAGCCGCAGACUAGCAUGAGUCCCUCAAAGCUGAAGCAACCAUGGCCAGACAGUGACCCACCCUUCUCCUUCCAGAACACGAUCCCUCUCACCAGCAACAUCACCCUGUUCACGGAGAAGCUGAAGAAGGAGCGUAUCUCAGGCAACCUGGACGCUCCGGAGGGAGGGUUUGAUGCCAUUCUCCAGGCAGCCGUGUGUCAGGAGCAGAUUGGCUGGAGGGAAAACAGCAUACACCUGCUGGUCUUCUCUACUGAGUCUGCGUUCCACUACGAGGCCGAUGGUGCCAACGUGCUGGCUGGCAUCCUGCCACGCAAUGAUGAAGCCUGCCACCUGACACCUGAUGGCUCUUACACCUAUGACACACGGCAGGAUUACCCCUCCGUACCCACCCUCGUGCGACUGCUAGGCAAACAUAACAUCAUUCCCAUUUUUGCUGUCACAAACUACUCUUACUCUUACUACGAGAAAUUGUACCAAUACUUUCCCAUCGCUGAUAUUGGGGAACUGCAAGAAGAUUCUUCCAACAUCCUGACUCUCAUCGGAAGUGCUUUCAUUAACAUUCGCUCGAAGAUCAGCCUGAGAGCUGAGGACAGACCCAAGGCUGUGGAGACCCAAUUCUUAUCCACUACUGGUAGUAUGAACAAGGAUGGGACCUUCACGAAUAAACCGGGAAAAACGGGCACGUUCAAGCUUCGGGUGAAAGCUCACAGCUCGGUGGGGGAGGAGCACGUGUGCCGGCUGCCCGAAGAGGACAGGAAGGGUGCCAUGCGGGUGAAACCCACCACCUUCACCCCCAACCUCAGGAUUAACACCGAAGUGCUGUGUGCCACCUGCGACUGUGAAAAGAAACCUCAGUUGAAUGCAGUGAAAUGCAAUAGGAAUGGAGAUCUGAUCUGUGGGGUGUGUCACUGCCACCCCGGCUGGCUGGGGGCCUUCUGCAACUGCUCUGCGGCAGUGUCCUCUUUGGACAACAGCAAGUGCACCAAUUCUAGCACGGGUGAGGUCUGCUCGGGCAAAGGGGACUGCCAGUGCGGGACCUGCACUUGCCACCACCCCCAUCAGUACGAGGGCCCCUACUGUCAAUUUGACAAGUCCCAGUGUCAGCGGUUUGGGGGGUUCCUCUGCAACGAUCGCGGGCGCUGCUAUAUGGGCAGCUGUGCUUGUGAGGAAGGCUGGGAAGGAGCUGCUUGUGAGUGUCCCAAGAGUAACGACACCUGCGUGGACAGUGAAGGGGGGAUCUGCAAUGGACGUGGCUACUGUAAGUGUGGACGAUGCCACUGUGACAGUUCCCGGACUGAUCUUGGCCCGACCUGUGAAAUUGGUUUCCAGGCCCAGCUGGGAAUGUGUGAGGACAGGCGGACCUGUGUUCAGUGCCAGGCGUGGAAGACUGGGGAGAGGAAGGGGGAUAAGUGCGACAGCUGUCCCUUUAAGAUCACCAUGGUGGACAAGCUCCCCGACAGCAAGGAUGCCAUCGAGACGUGCAGCUUCCGAGACGAGGACGAUGACUGCACUUUCCACUACUCUGUGCUGUUCUCCAGCAACCCCAGUGAGAAGGAUGAAGUCCAGGUGCUCAAGAAGAGGGAUUGUCCACCCGGGGCGUUUCUCUGGCUGAUUCCCCUGAUCAUGUUCCUGAUGCUGCUGCUGGGCCUGUUGCUGCUCUGCUGCUGGAAGUACUGCGGAUGCUGCAGGGAAUGCCUUGCUCUGUUGCCAUGCUGUGCAAGAGGUCGUGUGGUGGGCUUUAAGGAAGAUCAGUAUAUGCUACGGCAGUCCACACUGGCUUCUGACCACCUUGAUACGCCGCUCAUGCGCACCGGCCCGCCCAAAAGCACCGAUGUGGUCCGCUGGAAGAUCACGGACAAUGUGCACCGGUUAGCCAGCCACCCCCAGAGCCAGGUGGUACCCAGCCCUAAGGAAACCAUCCAGUACCCUAUCUCCCUGCGCCUUAACCGCCUGUUCACCGACAGCCUGUCCAACCCUGAUGCUCGGGACACAGAGGUCCUGUGCAAGGAGGUGGAGGAAAAUCUCAAUGAAGUCUACAAGCAGAUCCCUGGAGCGCAGAAGGUGAAGAAGACAAUUUUUAGGAAGCAAUCAAAUGCUGGUAAAAGACAGAACCACACGGUGGUGGACACAGUUCUGCCUGCCCCCCGGGCUGCCUACAACGACAUCGUCAACCUGACGGAGAGGUCGGUUCAGGCCGGCACCUUCAGUGACCUCAAGGUGGUGCCUGGCUACUACACGGUGGCUACAGACAGAGAGGCGAAAGGGGCAGUGGAGAUGCAGGAGGGGGUGGAGUCUGUGGACGUCCACGUGCCCCUCUUCAUAAAGGACGAGGACGAUGACAAGAAGCAACUGCGCGUGGAGGCCCUGGAUGUGCCCAUCGGCAUCGCUGAGAUUGGCCGUCGUUUCGUCAACAUCACUGUCAUCAAGGAGCAUGCCAAGAGCGUCCUGACUUUCCUCCAACCAUCCUACUCCUACAUUCGACAGGAAAAGUUUGCCAACAUCCCCGUUAACCGUGAAAUCUAUGAGGAUGGACAAACCCAAGUCACCUACCGCACCCGUGACCUCACUGCCAAGGACAAGAAGGAUUAUAUCUCCAUGGAAGGGGACUUGACCUUUUUGCCUGGGGAAGUUCAGAAGACGAUUCCGGUGAAGCUCCUGGAAUGGAGCGAGGAUGACUCCCUCUUGGGUGAAAAGCAGGUCAAGCAGUUUGUCAUGGACCUCACCAAUCCACGCCAAGGGGCUAAGUUGGGCAGAUACCCCCGCACCACCGUCACCAUUAUGGAUAGCUCAGAACCGAGUGUCGUGGCGUUCAAGAAGAGCACUCAGACGUUCAGCAUCGCCGAUGCAGAGUACUCUGUUCCCGUGCAGCGCACCACCAACCUGGACACCCCAGCCACUGUGCACUGGCGCACGCGCAAAGCCUCGCGCUUUAAUCUGCAAGGUGCCCUCAACUUUGCCCCCGGUGAAUCAAAGAAGAACGUGGUGAUCAAGCCGCGGGCACACCCUGGCCCCGUCAAAGCCGAGACCUUCCAACUGGAGCUGUAUGACCCCAGCAGCAACACUGUCCUGGGGGACAAGAAGACGACCGUCGUCAAUGUCUCCGACUCUGGGGAUGGUCCAGAGCUUAUGGAAAUAUUCCCGCAGACAGCACAGUCUCCUGGGGGACGACUGGUCCCUCCCGGUGAUAUUAAAGCUGCUGCCACUGGUCCCAGAACCAUCCGCCUCAACUGGGCUGCUCUACCUGGCAAUCCCCUUGGAUACAAGGUGAAGUACUGGAUUGAGGGUGACCCCGAGGCCGACGCCCAGGUCAUCGACUGUAAGAAGACUCAAGCAGAGCUGACUAACCUGUACCCGUAUUGCGACUAUGAGAUGCGCGUGUGUGGUUACAACGGCAUGGGCAACGGGCAGUACAGCGGCGUGGUGCAGUGUCAGACGCAGGAGGACGUGCCCGGAGAGCCUGGCAGGCUCGCGUUUAACGUCAUCAGCCCCACGGUCACUCAGCUGAGCUGGGCAGAGCCGGCUGAGACCAACGGCAUUAUCACCGCUUACGAGGUCACCUACACACCCAUCGAUGAGAACAACAAACCCAUCGGCCCCACCAAGAAGGUGAAAAUCGACAACCCCAGGAAGCGCAUGCUCCUGAUUGAGAACCUCCAGCCGUCUCAGAUCUACUGCUACAAUGUGCGUGCGUGCAACAGCGUCGGCUGGGGCCCCAACAGGGAUGCCACCAUCAACCUGGCCACCCAGCCAAACAGACCCAUGUCCAUCCCCAUCAUCCCUGACAUCCCCAUCGUCGACGCAGAGGCAGGCGAGGGCUACGACAGCUACCUGAUGUACAGCAGUGACGUGCUGCGGUCCCCAGGGGGCAGGUCCAGCACCUCCGACGAAGAUCCGACCAUGACCGGAAAGUGGGAGCAGAGCAUGUUAUACCCGGGAGGGCCAGGAUCCGCGACAAGGAACUUGUCCACCUCGUCCUCCACCUAUUCGCCUCUCUCCCCCCAUGGGAUGGGUGGAGCUACCAUGCAGAGCACCACCACUUAUCUGUCUGGCCCAGGGAACUCCCUCUCACGCAGGCAGCAGAUGAUGACUGUUGGUGGGGUUCGCACCGAGGAGGUGGUCCUGAGGAAGCGCUCGGAGAGGGGCUACUACGACAGCGACGGCGUGAGGGACUCCAUCGUCAUGGUGGACAUACCUGGCGGCUUCUCCGGAAGCACAGGUGGCUCUGGCUACAGCAGAACGCUGGUGAACUACAGCACCGGUCCCGGCCUCAGGGCCCGCACGCAGUCUGAAGAUGUCGCUGACGCGCUACAGAACCUGGACAGGGUGCUUCAGGACCCCAGGCUCACGCCGGGCGUCCCGGACACGCCGACGCGCCUGGUCUUCUCGGCGCUGGGGCCCACUGCCCUGAAGGUGAGCUGGCAGGAGCCUCACUGUGAGAACCAGGUGCUGGGUUAUUGCGUGCUGUACCAGCUGCUCAGCGGAGGCGAGGUUAAGCGCCUGGAUGUUCCUGGGUCCAUGGAGAAUUCUGUGGUGGUACAGGACCUUCUGCCCAAUCAGUCCUACAUUUUCAAGGUGAAGGCAAAGAGCCAGGAGGGCUGGGGCCCUGAGAGAGAGGGCGUCAUCACCAUAGAGUCUGCUGUUGAUCCUCGAAGCCCCCUCAGCCCUAUGCCAGGAUCCCCUUUCACUCUCAGCACCCCCAGCGCCCCCGGUCCUCUGGUUUUCACGGCCCUGAGCCCUGACGCCCUGCGGCUGAGCUGGGACAAACCCCGAAAGCCCAAUGGGGACAUCCUGGGCUAUGUGGUCACCUGUGAACAGCUACAUGGAGGAGGUGACAUGCGGACCUUCCAGGUGGGCGGCGACAAUGCAGAGACCAGUCUGACGGUGUCUAACCUGACUGAGAAUGUGCCCUACAAGUUCAAGGUUCAGGCGAGGACCACGCUGGGCUUUGGCCCCGAGAGGGAGGGCAUCAUCACUAUCGAGUCACAGGACGGAGGUAGCGCGUCUCAGUACAGCAGCCAGGCGAUGACGAGGCGAGAAGUCUUCAACCUUCCGGGGGAGAUAAGCACUCGCACUAACGUCACUCACACCACAUUCAACGACCCGUACUUCUCAGACGGCAUGAAGCUCACAACGCAGCACGUGGAGACCGGCGGCAUGGUGACCCGGCACAUCACCAAGGAGGUGGUCACCAGGACCGUGACAGCGGGCAACAGCAUGACCAAGAAGGUGGAGAAGUUCUAUGAGGCCUGAGACCUCAGUGAAGAGCAAGUUGUAAAACCCUGAAUAUUUUGCAGUUUUUUUUUUUUAAAUCUAUUACACGAGACAAUGAACUUCUGCAUUUGUACCUGCUCUGCUGUUUCUCUUGCAAAUCAAACAAAUCUUGCUUUUCUAUCUAACGAUUUAAAAAAAAAGCCAAGAGGAGUUGCUUGGCAACUGGUGUCGUAGGCCUUGUAAGUGCUCGUCUUUCAGCAGAAUGUCUGUCACGGUGGUAUAGGAUAAGCUGAGCUCAUUGUAAAACAUGGAUCUCCAUCGCUGACGUUCUCCUUGUUGGAUUAUCCAUGUGGGAACCUGGGGCAGGUACAGAGGUGUGCUGAACCUGAAAUAGCUUCAAAACGCACAGCUGACAGUCAGCUGACUGUAAUCCAAAUCCAUCACAGAUCCUGUUUCAUACUCAAGCUGCACUUAAAUCUUUGCCUAUCUGUAAACAAAGGGAGUUGUGUACAGAAUGGAAUAGUUAUAUAUGAAUCCCUGCAAAGCCCUUGAAACAAAGAAGCCCUUAAUUUCAUUUAAAUAAGCCAAUUUAUAAAUGUACAAAUGGCAUAUGUACUGCUAAUGGUAUUUCCUUCAAUUUUAAAACCAAGUUUACAUUAGUCUAAGUCUCUCCAAAUUUCUCAUAUAAAGAAUAUAAUGCUUUUUAACUGCCGUGUUUGUAUAUAAAGUAUUAUAUUUCAUGGUGAGCAGAGUUUUAUGACUAAAGCUUAUAUGUUUGUUUAUGCUCUUCUGGCUGCGUAGACGAGGUGUUCCUGUGCUUUAAUUAUCAUCAUCAUCAUCAUCAUUCAUUUGUACUAACAGACGGAUCCUUCAGUUGCAUCCAUGUGUACAAGCACACACGCAGCUGCGUUUGGACUCCCGACAUGCGACAUUUUUGCCCCCCCACGGCCUAGGACUGUAUCCCCUCUCCUCUGCAAUUUAAUGUCUUGAAAAUGUCUUCACACAUCCACAUUUUUAGUAUUUAAGGGUAUAUCAUGAAACAAACAUAAAUGGGCAAGUUAAAGUCUUUAUCGUUCACGUUUCAAACAUGCAUGCAGUUUAACAUGCAUUCAAACUCUUUACUUUUUGGUUUUUAUGAGAGCUGCCCUACAUAAUAUGUACACAUCAACUAGCAUCAACAGUUUUUUUCUCAAGCGUGUCGGAUGUAUUGCACUUAAUAAACAUGGCUUUAUGCUUAAAACUGA